AUGGCCGAAUCCGAAGACGACUCUGCACACUAUGGCCUGCUGAAUGGCGACACACACGGGGACGCUGUCCCUGCUCAGGCUGCGCCUACGCGAUCCAUCUACGCCAUGACCCGGAGCGAGAUUACCAGGGGGAUUGCGAACCGCUUCGUUCAUUCUAGGACGUACAUAUUGCUUUACAUUGGCAUGGCUGCACUCUCGACGACGACGGUGGUCCUGAGCCUCGUUGACGGAUGCCCUGGAUUGGCGUUCUAUAUAUUGGAAUUCAUCAUCAAUACGGCCAUGAUAUGCGAAGUCGGCAUCCGGUUUGUCGCGUUCGGGCGACAAUUCUGGAAAUCGCCGUUCAACGUCUUCGACUUGGUGGUUACGGCAUUCUGCGCACUGACGUUACUCGUCAUUGUAUUCGCUGGCUGUGGCGCUACGAGCAAGGAAGAAGAGAUUCUGGACACGCUUCUCCUCACGGUUCGAAACGUGCUUCAAUCCGGACACUCCAUCUUCUCGAGGCCGAAGCCGAUUGAUCUCAGGAAUCGCAACCUCGAUAUCGACCUCGAGGACGACGACAUAGCGAUCGACAACGCCGAGCUGGGCCGGUCGCUAUUGUUCGAAGCGAACGAACAGGAGGAACAGGAGCGAAGUUCGCAGGGGCGGUCGCUGACGGACAUGCCCCGGGCGGCGCAGGCGGUGAAAGAUCGGGACACCGAAGACGUGUGGGCCGAACUGGGAUAA